GUUCAGUUCAACGCUCAAGCUCAAGUCGCGCUCGAAGGGACAAGCUACUGAGUUCAUAUGUCAUCCCUCGCUGGCGCCCUGGACCAUCCCGCAAGCUACACUCAUGGGUUUUCGGCAGAACUAUCAUCUGUCAUCCCAGGAGGAUUCAAUCACCAAGACGUGGACAUGAAGCCCCCGAGCACUGACGUUCUUCCGAAGGAGGAAGAGGAUACCGCGCAAGUUUCUGGGGUGCUUGAAGACGGAGCCCAAGAAGAAGAAAUGGAAGAUCUCUUUGGAAACGAGGUAGAUGAAAAGCAUGACGUUGCAGAUUCGAAAUCAGACAGUGCCCCUGCCGUUACCCCCGCUGAAUCUGGGUUUGAGUCCGACGAUAUCUCACAGACGGAGAAAGAACACCGACAAGCACUCGAAUAUCUGGAACCUGAAGAGCCCGGUGUCGUCGUGGAAGAGGUCCGAGAAGCUGAUGUGCGCAUUCCCAACAUCCCGGUUCCAAAGAGCUCAGAUGGGGAUCACUGGGCAAUUAGAAUGCCAACAUUUGUCAAAAUGGACUCAAAGCCGUUUCAUCCGGACACGUACAUUGGUCCAGAGCACGAGGAGGACGAUAGCCACCAUAAUGAGAGCAUCCGUGAGAAGAGCAUGUCUAUCAAGCUCAAAGUCGAAAAUACUGUACGCUGGCGGUGGACAAAAGAUGAACUUGGUCAAGAUAAAAGGCAGUCGAACAGUCGCGUGAUUCGUUGGUCUGAUGGUUCUCUCAGCCUGAGAUUAGGCAAGGAGCUGUUUGAUAUUACCAAGACUGUCGACACAUCCGGCGGCAUCGUACGCCAAUCACUAGGAGGCACUCAGCAGUCACAGGCAUCACAGAGCCAGCCGGCAGCAUCACAAAACAUUCUCUCUAACUCAAGAUCUCAAGGUCUAACAUAUCUGGUCGCACAACACAAGCGAUCAGAGGUACUGCAAGCGGAAGCUGUCGUCACAGGGUAUAUGACACUGCGACCGACAGGCAUGCAGUCCGAAACGCAUCGUAUGCUGGUGCGUGCGGUUGGUCAGAAACAUAACAAGGUGGCACGACUACGUAUGGCCCCCGAUCCAACCAUGGACCCUGAGCGCGAAAAGAUGGAGUUGAUGAAGCAAUCGGCUCGAAAAUCCAAAAAGAAAACUGACGAUACUGGAUUUGGUGUUCGUAAAAAGAGGUAUAGUCAAUCAAGGAAAAGGCAGGGACACGAUAUCUGGUCGGAAGAUGAAGAAGAACCGGAGUAUGAAGGUUCAGAGGAUGACGAUGAUUUGGGUGCUUCCAAACGGAAAACAGAUGAACAAAAGAAAAGGGGUCCCGGCGAAUAUCAAGAGGACGAUUUCGUGGUGGCGGAUGAGUCAGACGAUGACGCGGAGUUUGAUGGUGAGGCUAGGUCCAAGAAGAAACGGAAACACCGAGAGGAGGAAGAAGAAGAUCCUCUGGAUCAGCUUGAUGCUAAAAUUAUUCAGCGCCAGCAAGAUGAUCGGAAGCGGAAACACCAAGACGUUGGAAACGACGGGGGGACGACGGAGGCAGGGGAUGAUGGCGCAGAGGCAGGGGAUGAUGAUGGCGACCAAGACAUGGACAUCGAAAGCGAGGAAGAAGAAGAGGAGCAUAGGGUCCGUAAAGCUGGGUCUGGUGCACGUAAAAAGAGAACGAUGGCGCUCGACGACGACGACGAAUAAUUUGCCGCC